GCGCGCGGCCCGCAGGAGCGCCGCAGAGGCUCGCCGGGAGGCGGCGAGCGGGCCCCGGCCUUCCGCGUCGGCAGGGGCGCGGGGGGCCUGGGGAGGCGAGCCCGGGCCGGGCGGGGAGAGGAGCUGGCGGGAGGAGAGGAGCCCGGCGGGAGGAGCGCGGCCGGCGAGGGGCGGAGGGCCGCCGCCGCCCGCGCGGCAGGAGGAGCAGGAGGAGGAGGAGGAAGGUGCCCUGGCCGGGCGCACAGUCCCCCGCCACGCCAAGCGAGCAGGUGCGCUCGCCGCGGACGCCGUCGCUGGCCAUCGCUGGCGAGCCGGCCCACCCGGUCUACCAGCGCAUGGGGGCCGCCUGGGCCGGGCCGCGUGGCGCGGAGCCUUCCCGGGGCAGGUCCCGCGCCAGGUCCCGCGCGGGGGGCCGCGCCACCUACCAGGCGUUCGUGGGCCACGAGGUCGCGCGCCUCGGCUUCACCGCCGACGGCAUGCCGCCGGAGCCCGUCGUCGUCGUCAGGAUCGAGCCGGGCGGCUGGGCGGAGUCUGCGGGGGUGGGGCCGGGCGACGAGCUGGUGGUGGUCAACGGCGUGGCGGUGGACGAGGCGCCGAGCCUGGAGCUCGAGCUGAGGACCACGCGCCCGCUGCAGCUGGUCUUCGCCGCCGCGCCGGCGGGGUGGCGACCGCCCGAGCCUCCACCGCCAGCCGCCUCGCUGCCGCGCAGUCGCUGCGCUGCAGGGGAGGGCGGCGGAGGCACCACUGGCCGCUCCGCAGGCCGCGGUGGCUCCAGCGGCGGGUGGCGGCGCACCCCCGCCGAGUGGUGGCCGGGCCACGUGCCCGGGCCGGACGUGGCGUCGCCGGCCUCGGAGGGGGACGCCGCUCCGGAGGAUGUGUCCGUGUCCAUCGGGGCCUACUCCCCGUGGGCGCCGGGACCAGGGCCGCCGAGCGCCCGAGACAGGCUGGCGGAGGCGGAGGCGGACCGCGCCCGCGGCCGGGAGGCCGAGGCCCGCGCCGUGGCGGGGCUCCUCGGGCUGCAGCGGGAGCUCGGCGCCAGCGCCGGGGCCAGCGAGGCCAGCGAGGGCGCGGGGGCGCCCUGGCCCGGGGGUGCCGCCCGGGAGUGGGCGCCCUGGCCGGGCGACGGCGCCGCGGAGAGCGGCGGCGGGGGCUGGGCGGCCGGCUCUGGCGGCCAGGCGGCGGCGUGGGCACAGGAUGCGUGGCCUUCGACCGCAAGCGCGGCUGCGUUUCCGUCGGAGGCUCGCUUCGAGGAGAUGGACGACGACGCUGUCGGCUCCGAUGGGGGGCAGGAGCGACGUGUUGCCGCGGACGCAGCGGGCCGCCGCUGAGGGGCACAGCGGGCAAGCGGCUGCGAGCUGCUGCUUCUCCUCCUCCGCCUCCGUCCUCCUCCCC